AACACAGACGCCCACCUAUCGCUGCCUCCAUUCACUUUCUAUCACAGCAACUCAAGAUGGCGGCAGCUUCCUCCAUCCAGCCGCCGACCGUUCACUCUUUGAACCAGGAAAGUGAACAUUUCCCUGAUUCUGACAGCCCGGAGAGCCGGCAGGAUGAGGACGCAGCAUCCGAGGGGACCAGUCUCAGAGACUUACCCGAUUUGGAACAGGAGGAAAUUGAGAAGAGGCUAGAGAAAACUCGCCGCGAGCUGAGCAACAGGAGGAAAAUCCUCAUUAAAAACCUUCCACAAGAUACAACCAACCAGGAGGUCCAUGAGAUUCUGAGAGAAUACGAGCUCAAGUACUGCUUUGUGGACCGCACCAAAGGGACAGCAUUUGUGACCCUGCUGAACGGUGACCAGGCUCAGGAUGCCAUCCACUCCCUCCACCAGAGCAUCGUGCGCAGCCGGGACAUCACAGUGCAGCUCCAGCCCACAGACAGUCUGCUCUGCCUCACCAACCUGCCCCACACCUUUACUGCCCAGCAGCUGGAGGACCUAGUCCGUUCCUACGGAAACAUUGAGCGUUGCUUCCUGGUCUACAGCGAGCUCACCGGACACUCCAAGGGCUACGGCUUUGUGGAAUACAUGAAGAAGGACUCAGCAUCGCGGGCGCGGUUGGAGCUACUGGGGCGACCAGAGGGGGACCGUGCGGUCAUGGUCCAAUGGACAGAUGUGAACCAGUUGACUGCGGGUCACCACCUCCACUCUAAGUGCCUCUGUGUGGACCGGCUGCCCCAGGAGUACGACUCAGAAGAGCUGACCCUCCUGUUCUCAGACAGAUACAAACCUGUCUUCUGCCAGCUAGCCCAGGAUGAGGGCAGCCCGGUGCGAGGGUUCGGGGUGGUGGAGUAUGAGAGUGCAGAGCAGGCGGAGGCCAUACUGAUAGAGAUGGACAGAACACUGGUGGGAGGACAGGAGAUCCGUCUCUCUCUCUGCACCCCCGGAACCUCAGGCAGGAGCACAUUGGCAGCGCUCAUCGCUGCUCAGGGUGUGAUGUUGAGUAAUAAGAAGGGCUUACUGCCGGAGCCCAACUUGGCCCAGCUGCUGAACAGCAUGACCAACCCAGCAGCCCUACAGGUCCUCAUGAGGCCUUACCACACUGGCAAACGAGGAGGGAAGUUUGGGCGGCCUCCUAGCCUGUCUCCAUUCCUCAGACCCCCCCUCACAGCAGCCCUGUUCCAACUGGGGAAGGUACAGCAGAGUUCCAUGUUGGGGAACGGUCUGGUGCUUCAGAAUCUAUUGCACAUGCAGCUGGCCCAGCAGCAGCUCCUGCACAUCAAAGACAAGCACAUGAGCAAUGUAUCUAGUCUGUUGGGUGACCCCUCUCGUCUACUUCUACAGAAAGUCCUUGGUCUCAGGCCUCCAGCCCCCAUGGCCCUGGGAAAGGGUCUGCUGGGUGACUCCCCCACUGAGUUAGGUCAGGAGUCCCUGCCAAUGUCCAGUCAGGCCUCAGUGUCGGCAGCGGGCAUGAUGCCCUACCUGCAGGCACAGACACACCUGGGAACAGCCGUGGGAGGGGAACAGAACGGGGCCUGCAUCUACACCACAGCCUCUGACAGGCAACCAGCCCCUCCUGGGACCAUGGCGAAUGCUCAGCCCCAGGGACAGAGCUACUACCUGGGUCCCCCACCACCCAAAGCUCCAGGGGGCCACCAACCCGGCCGACACAGCUACAGCAGCACUGAGAGUAGCCCAGCUAGUGGAGCUCCCAGCAGUCAGUUCUCUCUCCUGGGUGAACCCCCUAAAGAGAUGAAGCUACCUUCCAAUCCAUACCUGAAUCUAGCUAGUGUGUUACCUGGCAUGGUGCUGCAAGCCCCGACGGCCUGUAAAAUGCAGACAGGGCAGCCUCUAGUUGGGGUGUACAGCAGUGCUUUGCCCCCUGUCUCCCAACCCUCCACUUCCCAAACCCCAGCACCCUACAGCACCGAUACCUCUGCAGACUACAGUCACUACAGCCAGGCAUACUCACAGGAGGCUAUGCAGCAGUGGUACCAGCACUACCAAGCCCAGAGCUACAGCACCGCCCCACAGGAGAGCCAAGCUAAGGACUAUAGCAAGGAGCACACACAGCAGGCUGUGGCAGCGGUGGUGCCAUCCUAUGGGGAUUACAGCUCCUACAUGCAGGCUGUCAGUCAAUACUAUUGUCAGCCUCCGAUGACCCAGCCACCUCCCCAGGUCUACCAGCACAGAGACCCUACCAAGGAGGCUGAUGUGUGUAAGUCGCUGGGUGUGUCUCUCCAUGCAGUCAGUAACGGCGGUGCCCAGUCGGUGCUGCCCGCCGCGGUCCUGCCAGCCUACAGCACCAUGCCUAUGAUGUCAGGCUUCAUAGCUGCGCCACCUCACGCCACACACCCACCCAGCUCCACCACACACAUCCAGAGUGCCCACGCCACCAAUGAAUGGAACCAGUACUACUACAAUCAGACAACUCGGGGGCAGAAGCGGGAGUACCCUCACUUGGCCGUGCAUAAUAUGACAUCAGAGGGGGCGUACGUGGGUCAGCACUCCCAGGGGCUGGGGGGUCAGUACGCUGACUACUUCAAGAAGAAGAGGAUCUAGAGAUGACCUCUGAACCCCUGCACCCUAUCUCCUAAACUAUACAGUACAUACACAGUCUCAGCUUUAGUGUUGUAUGAUGUUGGUAUACACACACACACACAAGGCAGACUGACACACACACACACACACACUGUGUUGCUUUUGUCCUGUUCAAGCCUUAACUCUUAACUCAGUUGGUGUAAAUGUUUCUUGACUAAUAAUGUACAUUGUUUCUAAUGUAUGUGAGCUGCUUCUGUAUUUUAGGGUCAGUCAGUCUGCCUUGUUGAAGGCCAGCCAGUGUGUAGUCAGGUUUCCCUCUCUGUUUCUAUCACUCUGUUUCUAAUCUCUCUGUGCGCUUUUCUACAAACGGGGGAAACUGGCCAGUGUUGCAGACAGAGUUGAUUUGAUGACUCACUUUAACUGACGUGUUUUUCUCUUCAGUGUCUUUCUCUUUUUCUGAUUGCCUAAGCUCUCCUUUUAUCUCUCUCUUUGUGGAGACCUUGAUCUAGUGUGUGCGUGUUGUCGUAAGUGUAGGAGUGAUCAGCCAUUCGCAGGGUAGAAGAAGGCAGGGCUACCCUGGAAACUCAGACACAGGGAGAGGGAUGUCUCAUCACUGCUUUUAACCUUGAACAAUGGACACUUAUAGACUCCUAUUGGUGUGGUGUACUAGGAAAUGAAUGGACACCUAACUUGGUACCUUAUAGACAUGACAAUAGUCACUGAGCGGACACUUCUUUGGGUCGAUAUAGCCAUUUAUUAUAACUAGCUAGUGGAUGGACAUUUCCAAGACCUAGGCCUUCUUCUUAUGGCUCUGUGUAUGAUAGCCACAGGGUGGAAACCUUUUUACUGUUUAUAAUGGCUGUCGUUUUCUGUAGGGGCCAUUGAACAGUGGCUCAGUUGAGGAACAGAAGAGGUUCCCAGGCUCCCCUCUUCUUUUUCUGCGUGUUUUUUAAAUGACUUUUCUGUAUGGGAAGCGCUGUGGAGACAAAAAAAACAACCAACUUUAAUACUGCUUCAUAAACUGCCAUUAGAAAUUAAACAGAACAAUUCAGGAGAGUAGCCAUGUUGAAUUAUCUCAGAGUAAUUUUGAUUCAGUCAAUUCAGAAAGUAAAAGAUGACUGUCAAUUUUCAUCAAGCCAUGAAUCGAAUUUAAAUGAAUCACCUUGAGAUUCACGUGGUACAGCAGGGGUAGGCAACCCUGUUCCUGGAGUGCUAAAGGUAUUGUAGGAUUUUAUUCCAAGUAGGCACCACACCUGACCAACUGAGCUAAUUGAUCAGUUCAGUGAUUGACUAAAUUAAACACACCUGGUCUUGCAGGUCGUUUACAUCAAAAACGUGCCUGCGGCACUUCAGGACCAGGCUUGCCUACUACCCCUGUGGUACAGUGAAAAAGCACUGAAACCCAACCUUUGUGGACUGACGGGGGGGGGGUUUAGAGGUACGAAGGGCAUGGGAUGAGGGCUUUAGCACCAUGUUAAGUACUGGCACAGGUCUUCAGCCUUAGACCCAGGCAAUAACAGCUACUGUACCAAUUAAUAUCACAAUGCCAACAUGAGGGCAUACAAGGGCAUUGCCGCUCAAUGUGUAGUGUGCUACAAUCAAACUGUCAGUUAAUUUCUCUCCAUCUUUCUUCCUCUCCUUCUCUCUCUGAUCCCUAAUCUCUCUCUAAUCUAUCCGUUUUGAUCCUCCACUCUGAGUUGAAAAAGCAGCGUUCUCCUGUGUCACGUGACUUGAAGUACUGAUGUUUUUAGUGGUGUCCUAUAUCAUGCUCUUAACGGGCAAAGCUGUAACAUAUUUCAAACCCUUUCAGUGCUGUGUUACACUGGCUUAGAGCCAUACUUUUACUUGUACUGUGUGUGUGGAUGUUGGACUUGGCUUUUCCAGCCAGUUGAUUGCUAGCUUCAACCACAUCUUUAAAAGGCAAUGCUUAGAAGUGUGUGUAGCUUCUUUAUGUGUGUGUGUGUGUGUGUGUGUGUGUGUGUGUGUGUGUGUGUGUGUGUGUGUGUGUGUGUGUGUGUGUGUGUGUGUGUGUGUGUGAGAGAGAGACUGUAGGAAGCUGUCUCAGUCAGUGUCUGUAAAAGGCAGACCCAGGCAGGUCAUAAUGUCUGUCUGUAGUCAGGCACUUUAAGCCAGUCUGUGUUGUUUUAAUGGCCCUCUGAUGAUUUAAUUAGCCUUUUUUCUCUAAGCCAUUACCGGGUGUGCCACAGUGCUAUGCAGAGCUGUGCCUGUGUGUUUUCUGACCUGCUCAUAUUCCUUCUUUGCCUAAUAGCAGGUCCAUAUGUUUUUAUAGGAAUUCAGUGUACUCUAUGUAGUCUGAGUUUGUGUAUGAAUAAGUUGUGUGUGCGUUAAUAACCUGCUUUUGGCAGGUAUGAGGGGAACAGACAGCAGAGAGGGAGAAAGAGAGGAGAGUGGGAGAGAGAAAGGAAAGAAAGAGGAGAAUGGGAGAGAGAGAAAGAAAGGAGAGUGGGAGAGAGAGAAAGAGAG